AUGGAAAAAUUAGUCAAAGUUAAGAAACCUACUGAAGAAGAAUUGAUUCACAACACUUUUAAUGCCUUACGAACGGAACAAAGACAACUUGCUACAAAAUUAUCAGAAAUCGAGCUCGAUCUCAAUGAACAUAGCAUUGUUAUUGACACUCUAAACAAGUUGGACGAUGAAAGAAAAUGUUUCAGACUGAUAGGCGGAGUGUUAGUUGAAAGGAAGAUUUGUGAUGUACUACCUACACUAAUUAAAAAUAGAGGAGAAAUGGGUAAAAUUGUGAAGACAUUGAAUGAACAAUUAACUAAAAAGGGAAUUGAAAUCAAUGAAUUCAAGAAUAAGCAUAACAUACAAGUUAAAGGUGGAGUUACCCCUAUGACAGAAGAGGUUGAAAGUCAAAGCGUCGAUAAAAAAGCUGACCAUGGUGGUUCAGUAAUUGUUAAUAAUGUUUGA